AUGGCCCUUGACCCAACACGGAACCGACCGCUCGCCGCCCGAGAGAGAGGAUCUCAACGCGACCCAUCACCCAACAGCAAAGCGUCUGAGUUACGGUCAGAGCAGGAGUGGAGCGUCGAUGAUGUCCAAGAGACCCCGGCGCCGACCAAGCCCGACCAAAGCGCAAACAUCCAACUAGCGCCCUCAGCCCAGACCUCCGAUGACACGGCCCAAGCAAUUGCGCUCUUCCUGCCGCUCGCAAAAGGCAUUGUCGCUUCCUCUCCCACACACGACCUCAAUCUUUUGCUGGAUUUUGAGGAGCAAUCAUACGAGGGUUGUCGAUCGAAACCUCGAAGCGUUGGGGGCCGCGGUCAACGCGAACUUGAAGGGGAAACGGGGCAACAGAGAAAAGGUCAAAGAGGAAGACAAGGACCGCGCAGACGAUCUCAGCACGUUGUGCGAGGCGAAGCACAAGCGGCGAGAGGGGUCCGAAACUGGAUGGGCAACGCGCUGAACGACCUCCUUGAGACGCGCAAGCGCAUCGAUCGAUACGGCUUUGGUGAUCACUACCUCCGCCUGAGCAUCCAGAAGCUGUUCUACCAGCAGCUCACGUUCCUCGCUCCCUACAAGCCCAUCGCCAAGGCCUACUCUUACGCCCAUCUGCCCUGGCUGUCUAAGGACCUUGGGUCGCCGCUGUCCGAGAAAGAGCUGCGCGGGGCCUAG